AUGGCACUGCCUGCAUUUGCAGCCCGAGCUCAGCCUCCACUGCAACCGGAGCGAGGAGCGCCCGCCCGCACCACCUGUCCUCGCCGGCAUUCCAGACUAGAGGCCGAACUGGCAGAGAGCCCUGGAUCAGUCGCUGCUUCAAUUCUUCCGGACCCUCCCAGGAGUGUGUCUCCUGAAUUCAACUUCCAGACGCUGCAGGACAGCCUAAAGGCGUCUUACUGCCUGGCCAGAGCCACUCGCGCCCUACUCUUCGCGCUGCCCCCAGGCCGCAGCAGGCGGAUGCGCGACCUCAGGAGACGGUGGGACCUGGGCCCCCUCUGCCAGGCCCUGCUCACUCGCGGCCUGGCAGCCCUGGGCCACUCGCUGAAGCACGUUCUCGGUGCAAUUUUCUCCAAGGUUUCCGGCCCCCUAGCCAGCGUCGGGAAUAUGGAUGAGAAAUCGAACAAGCUGCUCCUGGCUUUGGUGAUGCUCUUCCUAUUUGCCGUGAUCAUCCUCCAAUACGUGUGCCCCGGCACAGAAUGCCAACUCCUCCGCCUACAGGCGUUCAGCUCCCGGAUGCCGGAUCCUUACCGCUCAGAGGAUGAGAGCUCUGCUAGGUUCGUGCCCCAUUACAAUUUCAGCCGCAGCGAUCUUCUGCGCAAGGUAGACUUCGACAUCAAGGGUGAUGACCUGAUCGUGUUCCUGCACAUCCAGAAGACCGGAGGUACCACUUUCGGUCGCCACCUGGUGCGCAACAUCCAGCUGGAGCAGCCUUGCGAAUGUCGCGUGGGUCAGAAGAAGUGCACUUGCCAUCGGCCGGGCAAGCGGGAGACCUGGCUCUUCUCCAGGUUCUCCACAGGCUGGAGCUGCGGGCUGCACGCUGACUGGACCGAGCUUACCAGCUGCGUGCCCUCCGUGGUGGACAGCAAGCAGGACGCCAGGCUGAGACCGUCCAGGUGGAGGAUUUUUCAGAUUCUAGCUGUGAUGUGUAAGGAUAGAUGGGAUUCUCCAAACACUAAUCCAAUAGAUGCAAACUCUCCAUUAUCAAAAAUGGUGAAGAACACAUCUAAGAAUGGGAAAAACUUCCACUAUAUCACCAUCCUUCGAGACCCGGUGUCCCGGUACUUGAGUGAGUGGAGGCAUGUCCAGAGAGGCGCGACUUGGAAAGCAUCACUGCAUGUCUGUGAUGGAAGACCCCCAACCUCUGAAGAGCUGCCCAGCUGUUACACUGGUGAUGACUGGUCUGGCUGCCCACUGAAAGAGUUCAUGGACUGUCCCUAUAAUCUAGCCAACAACCGCCAGGUGCGCAUGCUCUCUGACCUGACCCUAGUAGGCUGCUACAACCUCUCUGUUAUGCCCGAAAAGCAAAGAAACAAGGUCCUUCUAGAAAGUGCCAAAUCAAAUCUGAAGCACAUGGCAUUCUUUGGCCUAACUGAGUUUCAGCGGAAGACCCAGUAUCUGUUUGAGAAAGCCUUCAACAUGAACUUUAUUUUGCCAUUUACCCAAUAUAAUACCACUAGGGCCUCUAGUGUAGAGAUAAAUGAGGAAAUCCAAAAGCGAAUAGAGGGACUGAAUUUUCUGGAUUUGGAAUUGUAUAGCUAUGCAAAAGACCUCUUUUUGCAAAGGUAUCAGUUUAUGAGGCAGAAGGAACAUCAGGAAGCUAGGCAGAAGCGUCAGGAACAACGCAAAUUUCUGAAGGGAAGGUUUCUUCAGAUCCAUUUCCAGAGCCAAAGGCUGGUCCAGAGCCAGAAUCCGAAUCAGAAACCAAGUCAGAACCCAAAUAUGAAUGCAAAUCAGAAUGUGACUCAGAAUCUGAUUCAGAUUCAGAAGCAGAACCCAGGCCGAGAGCAGAGCGAUAGCAACACCAGCAAUUUCACCAAUGACUACAUAGUCAGUGUAGAGAAAUGGCGUUAA